AUGCUCCCCGACUGGUUUCGAAAGAAUGCAGAGUGGAACUCUCCUAAGGAAGGGAAUGAGUUGAAUCUUGAUAUUCUACCUGACUCCUCCGACUGGGAGAACAUCGUGCGAGUUCCUCUCAUUCCCUGCGGCGAGCUGUGUAAUGAGGAGGACAUCACUGUCAAGAUGAAGGUGGGCGUCGUUUUGCCCGAGCCUCAGAAGCCCCGGGACCCCAUCUCUUACAUGAUAUCCGACAGGGACUUUUCUAUUGGAAUUCAGCUCUUGGAUCCCAACCACGAUUACGCCAAAUAUGGUCCUACCGAGCUAUUGAAGGCGAGUCCGCCAAAGCCAAAUUGCGAAACCCAAAUGUAG